CAAACUCGCAGAACGUGUUUUUUUCACCGGCCACGGAGUCUUAUCUACCUUGUUGCCAUUUCCGCUUACUGUCCCCAGCACCAGCUUACACCAGCCUGCCCAUCAAUACUACUACAGGGUGCCAGCUUCACGACGAGAUCACUUUAUUUAGUUGUAAAUACGUUGAUAUGUAACCAGGCGUGUCUGCGACAUGUUUGCCCUCAUUUAAAACCGACACACCUCUGACGAGUAAACCGAAUAAGAUAUUAUAAAUUAGAUAAAAGGAUCCGGUAACAUUCCUGAAUUCAAAACACCGCAGUAGGCUGCGAUAGAAAUGAAAGGACUGACGGACGAAGCGGUGUCCGAGGCGUGCAAAGAGGGGAACCCGAUCACUCAGGAUUUCAUGUUGCAGCAGACCAUGUUGAGAGUCAAAGACCCAGUGAAGUCUUUAGAUUUCUAUACGCGUGUUUUAGGCAUGACGCUGCUUCAGAAGAUCGAUUUUCCCUCGAUGCGUUUCUCCUUCUACUUCCUGGGCUACGAGGAGCGCUCAGAGAUCCCCUCGGAUGUCAAGGAGAGGACCGCCUGGACCUUCUCCCGCCGGGGGACCAUAGAGCUCACCCAUAACUGGGGUUCGGAGUCUGAUGAGAAUCUGUCUCAUCAUAAUGGAAACUCAGAGCCGAGAGGCUUCGGCCAUAUUGGCAUCGCCGUUCCUGACGUCUAUGCUGCCUGCAAAGUGUUUGAAGCUCAAGGAGUGACCUUUGUCAAGAAGCCUGAAGCUGGUAAGGUGAAAGAUCUAGCCUUCAUCCGGGACCCAGACGGCUACUGGAUUGAGAUUUUAAGUCCGAACAACAUGGUGGCGCUGACCUCCUAGCCCCUAGUUAGGACACUGCAGAGGUGGAGAUGACCUCUGAGCCCCUAGUACCCCCUCCGGAGUGGGGGAGAUGAAGCUGUAAUACUUGAUACAUGUGCCUGUUCUAUGUUCUGAGACAGUUCAUUGUUUUCUUUGUGAGAGCUUCUCUCUUCGUUUUAAUCCUGUCUGUUUCCAGUUGCUGUUUCCUUUGAUUCCCAGACCACAUGUUUGUUUGCUACUUGUUUUGUGGUAAUAAUUGUCAAGUUAUUUCAAAAAUGCUUUGUUGAACAUUUAUUGUAGGUCUAUCUCUCUAUCUAAUUGCUAAGCGGUAUCAAAAUCAUUAAUGUAAAAAAAGUACCUUGAUUAAAUAAAUGUAGGUAAUGCUG